AUGAUUCGUCGAUUUUAUAACACGUCUUGCAUAUUAUACAAUACUAAGAAGCAAGGAAUGAAACUGCAUAAGAUGUUAAAUCCGAAGAGUAAGCGACACUGGCACCCAACACAGUCAGCUGAAGUAAAUGCCCUUCCAAGUGUAAAAAGUUUGAUCAAGACUGAGAGGGAGCCAGAUAAUCGCGGCGUACGCAGAAUUGCAAUAUUGAACAAACUAUUCAUGAAGUACAUAACUGAUAUAAUGUCAACUGGCACGGUUUCAAUAAAUAUUCUUGGACGGGGUAUUGAAAUAUCUAAGGUAAAAAUCUCUAAAGACUAUCAUUCCAUAAAUGUUUUUUGGAUAUGCAAAGGAGACUCGAGAGAUGAAGAGACAGAAUCAGUGUUGAAAAGCAUAGCAGGACCAUUAAGGCAUGAAUUGUCUACUUUGAAACUUAUGGGAGAGGUACCAUAUAUACAGUUUGUCAAAGACAAACAAGAAUCCCAGAUUGUGGAUCUAGAUCGACGGUUGAUUGAAGCAGACUAUGGUGAAGACUACACCCCGACUGAUAUGGGACAUGUGUUGAAGUCUGAAUUUACGUUGGACAUGAAAUUAUCACCAGAGAUGAAGGCUAAGAUAAAACGUUUGGAAGAUGAGCAGGAACUUAUUGAGGAUCCCAUACCAGAAAUGACAAACACUAUGUACGGUCUCGAUCAUACAAAGAUCAUGAAUCGGUUAUUAGCUGCCAGGAAGAGAACUAAGGAUGCGUGGACCAAUUUGGAGUCAGAGUCUUCUGUCAUAUCCUAUAGGGCGAGUAAAACCUCCCCGUCCAACAUAGACACCAAAGAACAGAAGCAGGAGAUAGCUGAAUUCUUAAUGAAACGACAGAUCCUCCAAAAGAAAUUGCAAAAGGAAAGGCGAGCCCGCGAAGAUGAAGUUUGUUAUGAAGAAGAAGAAUUCGAAGACAGAAAGGAGAAUAUAAAAGAAUAUUGCGACGAUUACAAUGAUGAUUACAGAAACGAAUAUGAUAUUGAGGCAUAUAAUGAUAUAAAGAGAAGAUAA